CACAUAUUGACAAAGAUCAUUUUCUGUCCACCACUUCAAGGCCACACAGCCUCACACGAAACCUCCAACCCUUCAUUCCAAAAAAAAGUCACACCAAGCUCAAGAAAUGGCUCCAAUUUCUCGAGCUUCUUCAAUCAAUCGACAAUGGCUUCUCUUCUAUCACUCUAUAUUUCCUCCUCCUUCCCAUCCCCUCUUCCGCCUCACCGCACUUUCAGCUCCAUUUCCCCCCAUGGCUCCACCCUCCAAAGCUCUCCAAGAACCACGAACAGUCGAAGAAUAACCACGAUACCCCUCUCCUUUCGUACCUCCUACCGAUUCACCGCUGACCACGAAGACGGAGAUGAGAAAAUCACCGGAGAUUUCGGCUUCGAUGAAGCAGUCGAUCUCUUCAAUCAAGGAGCUUAUUACGAUUGCCAUGACGUUCUUGAGGCUCUGUGGAACGAAGCCGAGGACCCUACUAGAACCCUAAUUCAUGGCAUUCUUCAGUGCGCUGUGGGGCUUCAUCAUCUCUUCAAUCGGAAUCAUAGAGGGGCGAUGAUGGAGCUUGGAGAAGGGGUCUGUAAGCUACGGAAGAUGGAGUUUCCGAGUGGGCCUUUCCGUACUUUUGAGAGGGAGAUUACUGCAGUUUUGGACUUUGUUUACCUGACCCAGAUUGAAUUAGCUGCCUGUGAUGAGAGUGUAUGUGUCACAAUGGAGGGUUCAGAGAGAUCAUAUGAAUUACUUGGAAGGUAUGGUGAAGGACAGAAGCUGUAUGAUAUGGAGAAACAAGUUGAUGGAAGUACGUGCAUUGUUUUUUCUUCUCAAACAUCUCAAACUCAUCCUCUAAGGGUAAAGCUUCCCACUCUUGAUGCUACCAAACAACACCUUUUAGCCCUUGAUUCCCAUUGAUAUUACUUGUCAUUUUCUUUUACAAGCAUUCAGGAGAUACAAGAAAUAUCUCACUUUACUAGUACAAUAGUAUAGGUAGUAUUUGGUAUCUGUUAGAAACGAACCAUUCAAGGUUAAAUUAUCGAUUAAGUUAUUUGAACUUUGAUGAUUGUGUAUAUUUACUUCAUAUAACAUUUCGUGAUUUUAGUUGCGUUUUUUACUUUGAA